AUGCGUCUGGUUCUUUUCGCCUUCCUCGUGUCCUGCUCGUGCGCGCGGGGAGGCUGCGAGCCCAAGAUCGUGAACAUCGGCGCCGUGUUGAGUCAGAAGCGCUACGAACAGGUGUUCAAGGACGCCGUGACCCAGGCCAACAACAUCUACGGCAAAGACAAGUUCAAGAUGAACGCCAUCUCCGUCACGCACAAACCCAACGCCAUUCAGAUGGCACUGUCCGUGUGUGAGGAUCUCAUCUCCAACCAGGUCUAUGCCAUUUUGGUGAGUCAUCCUCCCCAAUCCAACGACCAUCUAACCCCGACACCAGUGUCCUACACAGCUGGAUUCUAUCGCAUCCCUGUAGUGGGACUGACUACGCGCAUGUCCAUCUACUCAGACAAGAGCAUCCACCUGUCCUUCCUGCGCACGGUGCCUCCAUACUCCCACCAGGCCCAGGUGUGGUUUGACAUGAUGCGUGAGUUCCGCUGGAAUCACAUUAUCCUGAUCGUGAGUGAUGACCACGAGGGCCGAGCGGCACAGAAGAGGCUGGAGACGCUGCUGGAGGAGAGGGAGACGAAGAGUAAAAACAGGAACUAUGAAAACCUCGACCAACUGUCCUAUGACAACAAGCGAGGACCCAAGGCAGAGAAAGUGCUCUUGUUCAGCCAAGACACAAACCUGACUGCACUGCUCCAGGAGGCCAGAGAGCUGGAGGCCAGAGUCAUCAUUCUAUCUGCCAGCGAGGAUGAAGCAGCGGCCAUUUACAAAGCAGCUCGCCAGCUCAAUAUGACCGGCUCUGGUUACGUGUGGCUGGUGGGAGAAAGGGAGAUGUCUGGUAAAGCACUGAGUGAAGCUCCAGACGGCUUGCUUGGCCUCCAGCUGAUCAACGGCAAGAACGAGUCGGCGCACAUCUACGACGCUGUGGCAGUCGUGGCCCAGUCCAUCCAAGAGCUCUUUGAGAAGGAAAACAUCACCGAACCUCCUAAAGGCUGCGUGGGCAACACCAACAUCUGGAAGACUGGCCCGCUUUUCAAACGAGUACUGAUGUCAUCCAAGUAUCCAGAUGGUCUCACAGGCCGUGUGGAGUUUAAUGAUGACGGAGACAGGAGGUUCGCCCACUACAGCAUCCUCAACUACCAGAAGACCCGGUUGGUCCAAGUGGGCGUCUAUAAUGGCUCGCAAGUCAUGAUGAACACACAGAGGAAGAUCAUUUGGCCAGGAGGAGACACUGAGAAGCCAAGAGGCUAUCAGAUGUCAACAAGAUUGAAGAUUGUCACGAUUCAUCAAGAGCCCUUCGUGUACGUGAAACCAACACUGCGAGAUGGGACGUGUAAAGAGGAAUACACUGUGAACGGAGUCCUGAUCAAAAAAGUGAUCUGCACUGGGCCCAAUGAGACAAUUCCUGGUAAUGGAAGACACUCGAUGCCUCAAUGCUGCUACGGAUUUUGCAUCGACCUCUUGAUCAAGCUCGCAAUGACGAUGAACUUCACCUAUGAAGUACACCUCGUGGCUGAUGGGAAAUUUGGCACUCAGGAGCGUGUGAAUAACAGCAAUAAGAAGGAGUGGAACGGCAUGAUGGGGGAGCUGCUGGGUGGCCUGGCAGAUAUGAUUGUGGCUCCACUUACCAUCAAUAACGAACGAGCCCAGUACAUCGAGUUCUCCAAACCGUUUAAGUACCAAGGGCUCACUAUCCUUGUCAAAAAGGAAAUACCUCGGAGUACGUUGGACUCGUUCAUGCAGCCUUUUCAGAGCACUCUGUGGUUACUGGUGGGUCUUUCAGUCCAUGUUGUAGCAGUGAUGCUGUACCUAUUAGACCGUUUCAGCCCAUUUGGAAGGUUUAAAGUGAAUAGUGAGGAGGAAGAAGAGGACGCCCUCACUUUAUCCUCCGCCAUGUGGUUCUCUUGGGGGGUACUUCUGAACUCCGGUAUUGGAGAAGGUGCCCCACGGAGUUUUUCGGCGAGGAUUUUAGGUAUGGUGUGGGCUGGUUUUGCUAUGAUUAUAGUUGCAUCUUAUACUGCCAAUUUGGCAGCUUUCCUAGUGUUGGAUCGGCCUGAGGAGCGUAUUACCGGCAUCAACGACCCUAGGCUGCGAAACCCAUCAGAUAAGUUCAUCUACGCCACGGUAAAGCAGAGCUCUGUGGAUAUUUAUUUCCGGCGUCAAGUUGAGCUGAGCACCAUGUACCGCCACAUGGAAAAGCACAACUACGAGAGCGCCGCUGAGGCCAUCCAGGCUGUGCGAGAUGGCAAACUCCAUGCUUUUAUCUGGGAUUCAGCUGUGUUGGAGUUUGAAGCCUCACAGAAGUGCGACCUGGUCACCACUGGAGAGUUGUUCUUCCGUUCUGGCUUUGGCAUCGGCAUGCGCAAAGACAGCCCAUGGAAACAGAAUGUUUCCCUGGCCAUCCUCAGCUCUCAUGAGAAUGGGUUCAUGGAGGACCUGGACAAAACUUGGGUGAGAUACCAGGAGUGUGACUCCAGGAGCAAUGCCCCAGCCACACUCACCUUUGAGAAUAUGGCAGGCGUGUUUAUGCUAGUGGCUGGUGGCAUCGUCGCCGGGAUCUUCCUGAUCUUCAUUGAGAUUGCGUACAAGCGACACAAAGACGCUCGCCGGAAGCAGAUGCAGUUGGCCUUUGCAGCAGUUAAUGUCUGGAGGAAGAACCUGCAGGAUAGGAAAAGUGGUAGAGCAGAGCCCGACCCCAAAAAGAAAGCCUCUUUUAGGUCCAUCAGUACCAACCUGGCCUCCAACAUCAAGAGACGUAGGUCCUCCAAAGACACGCCAUAUCCCACGGACAUCACUGGCCAGCUCAACCUGUCCGACCCUUCCGUCAGCACGGUGGUGUGA